AUGUUCCGCUCCGCCGUCCUCCGUUCCCUGCGGGCCUCCGCCCCCCGUGUCGCCAUCAAGACCCCGGCUCCCUUCCAGAUUCGCAGCUCUCCCAUCGCUGCUCGUGUCCCUCAAUUCACUCCCUGCUUCGUCUCCCAGUCUAUUCGCGCCUACUCCGCUCCCGCUGGCCUGAACAAGAACGAGGUUGAGGGUCGGAUAGUCAACCUGCUCAAGAACUUCGACAAGGUCUCCGAUGCUAGCAAGAUCAACGGUGCUUCUCACUUCUCCAACGACCUUGGCCUGGACAGCCUGGAUACCGUUGAGGUCGUCAUGGCUAUUGAGGAGGAGUUCAGCCUUGAGAUCCCCGACAAGGAGGCCGACCAGAUUCACAGUGUUGAGAAGGCUGUCGAGUAUAUCCUGGCCCAGCCCGAUGCCAACUAG